AAAGAACCAUGAAGCUACUACUGCUUUUGGGCCUGGUCGUCCUAUCUGAAUGUGUGGUAAAGGUUCCCCUCAGGAAGGGAGAGUCCUUCCGAAACAGGCUGCAGAGACUUGGACUUUUGGGUGAUUAUCUGAAGAAAAAUCCAUACAACCCUGCUUCCAAAUAUUUCCCUACCUUGGCUCAGUCUUCAGCAGAGACGCUGCAGAACUAUAUGGAUAUUGAAUAUUAUGGGACCAUUUCCAUUGGGACCCCUCCCCAGGAAUUCACUGUUAUCUUUGACACAGGAUCUGCUAAUCUGUGGGUUCCAUCUGUGUACUGCUCCAGCCAAGCCUGCUCAAAUCACAACAGGUUUAACCCACAGCAGUCAUCCACUUUCCAAGCAACAAACACUCCAGUGUCUAUUCAAUAUGGAACCGGCAGCAUGAGUGGGUUCCUGGGAUAUGAUACUUUGCAAGUGGGAAAUAUCCAGAUUUCUAACCAAAUGUUCGGUCUUAGUGAGUCAGAGCCUGGUUCAUUCCUCUACUACUCACCAUUCGAUGGAAUCCUUGGUCUAGCUUUUCCCAGCAUUGCAUCAUCUCAAGCCACACCAGUGUUUGACAACAUGUGGAGCCAAGGACUCAUACCACAGAACCUCUUUUCUGUGUAUCUCAGCUCUGAUGGUCAAACCGGCAGCUAUGUUCUCUUUGGAGGAGUUGACAAUUCUUACUACAGUGGCAGCCUAAACUGGGUCCCCUUAACUGCUGAAACCUACUGGCAAAUUACUCUUGACAGCGUAUCAAUAAAUGGGCAGGUUAUUGCUUGCAGUCAAUCCUGCCAGGCCAUUGUAGAUACUGGAACCUCUCUGAUGACUGGCCCCUCUACUCCAAUUGCUAACAUCCAGAACUACAUUGGAGCAAGUCAGGACUCUAAUGGACAGUAUGUGAUCAACUGCAAUAACAUCAGCAACAUGCCAACUAUUGUCUUUACUAUCAAUGGUGUCCAAUAUCCAUUGUCACCCUCUGCAUAUGUGCGCCAGAAUCAACAAGGCUGUUCAAGCGGAUUCCAGGCAAUGAACCUCCCCACCAAUUCAGGGGAUUUGUGGAUCCUGGGAGAUGUAUUUAUCCGCCAGUACUUUACGGUGUUUGACAGAGCCAAUAAUUAUGUGGCAAUAGCUCCAGUUGCUUAAAAUCUAUGAUUAUUUUAAUCUAGCCUUCCUGUUAGUAUUCAUUUGGUCCUUCUUAAUCAUGCUAAUCCUAAACCUAGAACAAGCAACUAGCUGCAACAGUCCUCCAACUGAAAGUUUCAAUAAACCAACACUGUUGGUCUGCCAAAGUUUUUGCAUCAAUGACCUACGCUAUAAUAUGUGUACAAAGUAUCUUAACACAAACAUUUAUUGGUUCAAAAUUUCUGAGCACUUUUGCAAUUUACAUUAAUUUUCUAUUUUUAGUGGUUUCUGAUAUAUUAGCAGCUUUAGACUGAUAAUAGCAGGCUUAGCUCAACAGCUCAUUUUGGCCCAAAAUGUUGAUGACUAUGUCUAUGCACUUCCAGUACUUUAACCAUAGGACUGCCAAUUCAUAUUUGAGCAAAUAGCCUGCAAUUAGCAGUCUACUAAUGUAAAUAUUUUAGAAACUGCUAUAAAAAUGUGGGUUUAGAACCCCUUUACUAUCUUGUGAGGUGCAGAGAGACCUACAUUACACUUUAGAUGCAGUUUAAUUAUUUGGCCACCCGAAUAUGUCUGAGAGAGUAGUAAUUGCUGUAAUCAUUCUGACAAACUCAGAUACUCUUGUCACUCUUCCCAAGUUAACCAGCCAUUUAAUAUUUAGAGUCAACAGUAAAGGGCUGAUUCCCAGUAAUAUCUGUGGAAAGUGCAAAUACAUUUGUCCUUUAAACCCUAGACUAUUGUGAAUCUGCAUUUGAAUAAGAUUAAAUUAUAUUUCAUGUCAUAUAAAUAAAGGUCUUUCAGCAUUA